AUGGACUACUUCAAGUCGCUUAGUUCGGCCGCUUCGUCGGUGCUCUCUUCAGCACGAUCAGGACCACUCCCUAACUUCACCAUCGGCCACGAGCUCGUCGAAUAUCGGUCGCGCACACUAUGGUCGCUCUUUUCUGCUGUCAGGCGUGACGACAACUCAGCAUGUACGGUGCUUGCAUUCGACCUUACCCAUCCACACAACUCCACUCGAGCCAAUCUUCUACCACUUGCAAAGAACGCCGCUAGGAAGCUGCGGACUACACGCCAUCCCAACAUCCUCAAGCUACUUGAUAGCGCAGAGACCAACUCGUCUGUCUACAUUGCUGUGGAGAAAGCGACACCGCUCUACAAGGUCCUUCAACUGUCCGAAGACAAGCGUGCAACCCCACAGCGCCAAGACUGGAUCGUUUGGGGAUUUUCGUCAAUCGUCAAUGCUGUCAAGUUCCUCAAUGUCGAUGCAGCCUCGACACACGGCAACAUUCGCCCCGAAUCCAUCUUUAUUAGUGCAUCGGGAGAGUGGAAGCUCGCUGGAUUUGAAGCUCUCACUCCACAUGCUGAAGCACCUCAUGGCUUUCUCUUCAGCCAAUGCUCUUUAAUACCCAACGGCAAUCGUUAUGUUCCACCGGAAGUCAAGCAGAAUGGCUGGAGUGUUCUGUCAAACAUGGACUCUACUCUGCUUGACAGCUACUCGCUUGCUCUUGUUGCCAUCGAGGCUUUCAACGGUCCAUUACCACCACAGACUGGCACCGCCGCUCCUCCUAGAGGUCAUGUCCCGCAGGCUCUGUACACCGUCCUGCAGCGCAUGUUGAUCCCCAAUGCCAAAACUCGAAACACAGUAGCAAGAGUCUGGCAAGCAGGUGAGGCUGAGGGAGGCUUUUUCAAGGAAAAUACUCUCGUCAAAGUCGCACGAGGCCUUGACGGUUUCCUCCUCGCUACUGAGAACGAGAAGGCCUCUAUCAUCAAGCUCUUGCAGGAGAAGCCCGACUCGUUCACUCCAGACUUUCUCAUGUACAAAGUGCUCCCUGCUCUGGUCGCUGCUCUUGCCGCUGUGCCACCGCCAGGCACGAUCCCAUCGGCUAGCACGCAAGCUUCAGUUUUGCUACCCCUCGUUCUUCGUCUCGGUCAACCAUUGCCAAAAGAGGAGUGGAAUGCAAACGUGGCCCCGCCCGUUCUCAAAGCCUUUGCAUCACCAGAUCGAUCAACUCGUAUGGCUCUGCUAGAGAACCUGUCGCUCUAUGCCCAACGCAUGGACAACAAGGCUGUAACGGACAAGCUCUGGCCAAACCUUAUCACUGGUUUCAAUGACUCUGUCCCUGUCAUACGAGAGGCGACACUCAAAGCCAUCCUGCCUCUCGCACCCAAGCUCUCAGACCGUAUUCUCAACAACGAUUUGCUGCGCCUACUUGCUCGAACUCAGGUCGAUCCUGAAGCCGGUAUCCGUACCAACACCACCAUUCUCCUCGGUCGUCUUGUGCCCCAUCUCUCCCUGUCGACACGCAAAAAGGUGCUUAUCCCCGCUUUCUCACGCAGUCUCAAAGACCAAUUUGUGCAUGCACGUGUUGCGGGUCUCAUGGCCUUGAUGGCCGCCGGUGACUCAUUCGAUCACGAGGAUUGCGCUCGGCAAGUCCUGCCGGCCGUCUCGCCGUGCAUGGUCGACAAAGAGAAACUCGUUCGAGAUCAGGCGGAUAAGGCGAUGAAGAUGUUCCUCGCAAAGGUCGAGUCCGGUCGUGUCGGUAUGUCAGAGAGUGUGCUCACGCCUGAACAGCUCAAUGGAGCUACAUCGUUCAGCGGUGGGAGCGGCGCUGAUGCAGCCAACGGCGCUGGAUACGCAUCCUCGAUGGCUGCCUCGGCAGGUAGUGCAGCAACAGCAUUGGCAGGCUGGGCCAUGUCUUCGGCCUUGUCCUCGCUAUCCAACUCUUCUUCGGCACCUUCUGUCCCCGAUGGCCAGCCGCUGUCUUCAGCUGCUGAAUUGCAAUCGCAGAUGGACGGUCGCAGCACCCCUGCCACCUCGAUUGGCACUCCCGCCGCACCGCCGCUCGCAUCGCCUUCAACAGUCCCACCAUCAUCUGGUCUCGCUAGCCUCCGUCUUGGAUCCGGACUAGGCGGUCCAGACUCAAGCAUGGGCUCGCCAAGCUGGAUGCACGACUCACCGUCUUCCAGUGCUGCAGCUGCAGCCAAGUCGCCUCUGGACUACGACCUUGAUGAGGAUGCCACUUCGACUGCCGCAACAGCAUCCGCUUUCAAUGUAUCUGCAGCACACACGGACCUCAUGGAUGUGCACGACGACUCUGCCGACUGGUCUAGCUUCGAAGUAGGUCAACCAAAGAAGAAAGCUCCGACUGUCGGAAAGACCAAGAUGGCCAAAGCUAAGCUCGGACCUCGACGCACCGCAGCUAACAACGCCGCAGCUGCAGCAGCCAAAGCCGUGCCAGUGCAAGCAGAUCCAAAGCAAGCUAUCAGCCGAAGCAGUCUCAAGGUCGCCGCACCCGUCGAAGAGGCGUGGGGAGAAGACGGAUGGGAGGCUAACCAAGAGUCUACGCCACCACCACCACCAGCAGUGGCAUCGGGAAGCAUGACGCCAUCAGCCUCACAAGGAAGCUUGUUCAACUCGCAGGAACUCACAGCACAAGCCUUCGAGACUCCAGUCCCCGCUUCCAUUGCUGCAGCGUCAGUCGACGAAACAUGGGCCUCGUUUGACGAUAACGCGGAUGAUGAAGAUACAGAACGCAGUAGAAGUGCGUCACCAGCACCAGCAGCGACGGCGACGGCGGUACCUUUGACGAAAGAGGAAAAGAAAGCUGAGCUGGAAAGGAAGAGGAAUGAAAGACGGUUGAGAUUGGAACAGUUGAAAAAGGAGAAAGAGGCGGCGAGGCAGAGGGCGCUCUGA